GCUUAUAAUCGAAUGAGGGCGCUAUUCACAAUAGCAAAAUGGAAGCAAAGAAGACGGCGGAGGCAGAUGGACACGUUCGAGAGGCUGAAAAAUGCCUAAAAACCUCUUGGACGAAAUGGAAAGCAGACUUUGACGGUGCCGCCCAUGCAUAUCAGAAAGCAGGUCUGUGCUACCGUCAUGCCAAAUCACUGGAGAAAGCCAAGGCCAUGUACAUCAAGGCUGCAGAGUGCCACACACAGUGCAAAGCUCUCUUCCAUGCCGCCAAAGCAUACGAACAAGCCGGACUCAUUCUGAAGGAUAUGAAGGAGUAUGACGAAGCUGUCCAUUAUAUCACUAAAGCAGCCAACAUGUUCAGAGAGUAUGGAACCGGCGACACGGCCGCCAUCUCGUUGGAAAAAGCAGCCGGUAUAAUGGAGACCAUUAAUGCAAGAUCAGCUGUGGAUUUGUACCUUACAGCUGCUGAGAUAGCUGAGAAUGAAGACAGAAUACGACAAGCCGUGGAUUCAGUCAGCAAAGCAGCACGGCUCUCAGUCCGAGUCCGGGACUUUGACAAGGCUCUAGAGCUGCUCGAAAAAGCAAGGAAUAUGUACGAUGUAGUGGAAAAUCUGGGCUACGUGUACAAGCUGGUAGCAGUGACUGUGCUGGUCCAUCUCCAUCGGGGGGACUUUGUGGCCGCCAGCAAGGUUUGCAACAUGGCUAUGAGAUAUGACGGUUAUGCCAUGGAUGAGUCGUCGUCUAUCUUAGAGCAGCUCUUGGAAGCAUACGAUCAGCAGGACCAGGAGAACGCCAGCAAGGUCCUCUUCCUUCCGUACUUCACAUACCUGGACAAUGAUUAUGUCAAGCUUGCCAGGACGUUGCGUGUACCAGGAGCCGGGGGCAAUGGAGGGAGGGCCAAGCAGGCAGCGGAAGGAGCAGCAGGAGGAGUGGAUGAGGCGGGGCAAGAUGAGGACGAGGAGGAUGAGUAUGGCGGAGAUUUGCGCUGAGAUGAAGCCAGGGUGGGUUUAGUGGGUUGC